UGUAAUUUUUCGAAUAAGUGUAUUUUUUGUCAGAUUAACUAUGGAACACACAUUUAAAGAAAUAGGAUCUCUCCUCAAAGAUGGACCAAUAAAUGGCAAAGAGAGUUUGUUUUUAGAAAUUUUUGAUAUAAUUUUGAGCUGCACAAGCCAGGAGGAAGCCAAAGAACAUUUCUCCAGUGAGUUUUUAUCAUCCAUCCUUAAGUUUUCUGACUGGAAUUUGGAAUACAAAAGUAUAAUUUACAAGAUCUUCAUUAAUAUCUUCUCAGAAGAGGAUUUGAAUGACCAUCUUUCUGAAAGCAAGGUGAUUAUUGAUCUGUUUGAUUUAUCUCUAAGUGACAUUACCAAUAAAAACAGUAUACAUGCUGAUUCCGCUUCGAUGCUGCUUUCCAACAUCACUCGAUGCCAUAAUAGCUGUAAACGGAUUUCAGAUUGUGAAUGCCCACUAUCCCAAACAUUACAUAAACUAGUUGCAGCAUUUACAAUAGUAGGUUACAAUAUAUCGUGCUCAUUGGAUCAACUAGCAAUGGUGCUAUGCAACCUCAGCCAGUUAACAGAUGUUAGAAAAAUCAUGACUCAAUCUGACCAUUGCAUGUUACAGAAACUUGUUCCUUUCAUGAAUCAUGAAAGCAAUGUUCGACGUAGAGGGAUUAUUGGUGUAGUACACAAUUGUGCUUUUGAUUCGAGUGUCCACGACUGGCUGCUAAGUAUAGACGUUGAUAUCUUACCAAGACUUCUUCUUCCAUUGGCAGGCCCUGAGCAAUUUGAUGAUGAAGACAAUGACAAAUUGCCAAUUGAACUGCAGUACCUUCCUGACACUAAAACUCGUGAACCUGAUCCAGAAAUUCGGAAACAAAUUUUAGAAACAUUGAAUCAACUUUGUGCAACAAGAUCUGGCCGGCAGUUUUUAAGGGAUCACAACUCUUACAUUAUUCUGCGAGAACUGCACAAAUGGGAAGAAGACACCUCUGCUCUCUUGGCUUGUGAAAAUGUUGUAGAUAUUCUUAUCCGAACUGAGGAUGAAAUUGGAAUCGAUCAUCUAAAAUCUGUUGAAAUACCUUCGGACUUGCAAGAAAAGUUUAAAAAUCUUAGUUCUGAUUAAAUUUGAUUUUAAAAAUCUAAAUUAAUAUUUUGUACAUAAUGAUAAUAUAAGUUAUUUUAUUAUUGUUUAGUAGGCUAAUACAUAGUCUACUUGUAACUAUACAAGUAAAGCAAACCUUUUAAAGUAAAAAAAGUACUUUUCGCUUAAUUUUCCUAUAUCCAGAUAGUCUAAACAUGUGUGGAUGUAUCCUGUUAUGUUUCAAAUGUAUUAAGACCCACAACAAUUGAUUAUAGUUUUGUUACAAUC